AGGGAUCAGGAAAUAGAGUACAGUACAGAUUUUUGUGAGUUUACUACUCUGCGACAACUGUUUGCCUACCUCGGGGCGUUGGGACGAAGAGUGCUGAGGAGCGGUUGUGGCGGCAGAGGAGACGGGAGAGGAGGCGGGAGACGAGACGAGAGGCGGCGAGUGGGCGUUGUGAAGGGGCGGCUCUGCGGUGGUGAGAGUACCGCAGAGGAGCGCCUGGCGGCGGUGAGAGAGCUGCGGGAGAGUGGCGGCGAGAGAGCACCGUGUGGGAGCAAUUCCGUGGUGGUGAAAACUACGGAGGAGCCCCUGGUGACUGUGUAAGAGCCGCGGGGGAACGCCCGACGCUGAGUGCAGCCGCGAGCAUCGUGAAUGAAUGACUCCGCGGCGGUGAGAGCGCCGCAGGGGGGGAACGCCCGACGCCGAGUACAGCCGCGAGAAAACAUCGUGAAUGAACGACUCCGCGGCGGUGGGAGCGCUGCAGAGGAGUGCACGACGCCGAGUGUGGCUGCGAGAGAGCACUGCGUAGGAGCACCUUGGCGGCAGUGAGAGCGCCGAGGGACGGGAGUGCUUGAUGACGAGAGCAGCAGCGAGAGAGUGCUAUGAGGGAGCAACCUGGUAGUGGGGAGAGCGCCCGGCAGCGGUGAGAGAGCUGUGGGAGAGUGGCGGUGAGAGAGCACCGUGUAGGAGCAGCUCCGCAGCGGUGUGAGCGCUACGGAGGAGCCCCUGGUGGCAGUGAGAACGGGAGUCGUGUUCCAUCUUUGGCAUCUUCGGUCUCUGGCGCCACGGCUUUGAGCUGUUUUUGGAUCUGGCACUGCUUUCCGGGUUGGCUCCAUUCAUCGCAUUCAUUGCUUUUGGACCCAUUUCUCGUUUUUGGGCCCUUGUUGUGACGACUACCGAUAUUGUGUUUGCCAACCAUCGUCAUUGUUGUUGUCUGGUUGUAUGAGUGGUUUGUAAGAGUGUGGGUGUGAUUGCGUAUAGAUUAUGAGUUUUGUUGUUUAUUUUAUUUUUAUUUUUAUCAUGUGCCUGGGCGGGAGGAUAUGGUGCGGGGAGGGAGGACCAGAGGGGGCCCCUAUUAGCGUAGUGACGGGCAAUGGGAGGUAUGGCGUUGUGAGGAGGACAUGCCAGUUUAGGGGAACUCGGUCCAGACAAUUGGUGGCGGUACCGUGUUCCGGUCCUCCCCACACCCACAGGAUUGCUGGUAGUUCUAUCAGCCAACUCUCGGAUCUCCAGUUGCUGUUUCUUAAUGCCAGAUCAGUAAAUAAUAAAACCUCCCUCAUCCAUGAUUUAAUUGUGGAUGAGGUGGCCGAUCUGGUGUUUAUUACUGAAACCUGGGUGAGCGAGCUGGGAGGCAUUAAUCUCUCCCAGCUAUGCCCACCUGGGUAUACGGUUCAGCAUCUGGGUAGAUCCGAGGGUCGGGGAGGGGGAAUCGCUGUGGUCUAUAGAAGUUCAAUCCCACUUGUUAGGCACCCUAUCCAAGUGGCUAAUGGCUAAUGGUCUGGAGUGCCUUCAUAUUGCGUUGGGUCAAUGAGACAGACUGGGAAUACUGUUGGUGUACCGUCCACCCUGCUGCCCAACAGCUUCCCUAACUGAGCUGACGGAGGUGGUCACGGGUUUGGUGUUGCGAUCCCCCCAACUUUUGGUAUUGGGGGAUCUCAACAUUCAUGCCGAGACCACUUUGUCCGGGGCGGCUCAGGACUUCAUGGCCUCCAUGACAGCCAUGGGGCUGUCUCAAUUUGCUACUGGCCCUACGCAUAUUUCAGGGCAUACUCUAGACUUGAUUUUUGCCACUGGAUUAGGGGAUGGUGAUCUGGGAGUGAGGGAUUUUACAUCUAUUCCCUUGUCAUGGUCAGACCACCGCCUAUUGAGGUUUAGACUCACAAUGUUUUCUUCCCUCUGCAAGGGUGGAGGACCAAUUAAGAUGGUCCGUCCCCGGAGACUAAUGAAUCCUGAGGGUUUUCAGAAGGCUCUGGGGAGUUUUCCGGCUGAUAAAACUGACGCUCCUGUCGAAACCCUGGUCAACCUGUGGAAUAUGGAAAUGACCCGGGCAGCUGACACGAUCGCCCCAAUGCGCCCUCUCCUUUGCAGAGCUCAAUUGGCUCCGUGGUUUACCCCGGAGCUAAGAGUGAUGAAGCAAGAAAGGAGGCGGCUUGAGUGCAAAUGGAGACGAACUCCCGACGGCUGUAACUUUGCACUUGUGAAGGUCUCUACCAAGCUCUAUGUGAAGGCGGUGAAGGCAGCAAAGAAGCAGUACUUUGCUGCCACCAUUCAGUCAUCUUCCAACCGCCCAGCGGAGCUUUAUAAAGUCAUCCGGGGACUCUUACAUUCUGGUCCUCAGAACGCAAUAAUACCAUCAACAGCCCGCUGUAAUGAGUUUGCGAGACACUUCCAAGAUAAGAUCAUGAACAUCCGCCGGGACCUUGACUCCAACAUUGUAGCAGUUGAUCCUAAUGAGGUGUCCAGAGCACAGUCUUGUCCUGUUUUAUUGGAUGAAUUUCAGUUGGUUCAGUUGGUACAGCUCGAGGAUGUGGACAAGGUGCUUGGACAGGUGCGGGCGACCACGUCUGCCCUGGAUCCUUGCCCCUCGUGGCUAAUAAAAGCUAGCAGGAAUGGAACAGCCGGAUGGGCCAAGGAGGUGAUUAAUGCCUCUCUACGAGAGGGAGUGGUACCACUUGGUCUGAAACAGGUGGUGGUGAAACCGCUCCUAAAAAAACCCUCCUGAAAAUCUUGACAACUAUAGACCGGUAGCAAAUGUUCCAUUCCUGGGCAAGGUUUUAGAGCGUGUGGUCGCUCGCCAGCUCCAGGCUCUCCUGGAUGAAACUGAUUAUCUGGAUCCAUUUCAACCGGGCUUUCGGCUGGGGUUUGGUACAGAAACAGCCUUGGUCGCCCUGUAUGAUGACCUCUGCCGGGAGAAAGACAGAGGGAGUGUAACUCUGUUGGUUCUCCUGGAUCUCUCAGCGGCUUUUGAUACCAUCGACCAUGGUAUCCUUCUGGGGCGGCUCGCGGAUUUGGGAAUUGGAGGCACUGCUUGGCAGUGGCUGUGCUCCUACCUCGAGAAUCGUCUCCAGAAGCUGGUGCUUAGGGAGCAUUACUCGAAUCCCUGGGUAGUCCAAUAUGGGGUCCCGCAGGGUUCGGUUCUGUCCCCCAUGCUUUUUAAUAUCUAUAUGAAGCCGCUGGGUGAGGUCAUAAGGAGAUUUGGAGUGCGUUUCCAGCAAUAUGCUGAUGAUACGCAACUCUACUUAUCCUUUUCAUCUUCUUCAGGUGAGGCUGUUGAUGUACUAAAUCACUGCCUGGCCGCGAUAAUGGACUGGAUGAGAGCUAAUAAACUGAGACUCAAUCCUGACAAGACUGAGAUGCUGUUGGUGUGGGAGCUCUCUGCCCAGAUGGUUGAUGUCCGACCUGCCCUAGAUGGGGUUACACUCCCCCUAAAGGAGCAGGUCCGUAGUUUGGGGGUCUUAUUAGAUCCGCUCCUGUCUCUGGAGGCUCAGGUAGCCUCAGUGGCACGGAAUGCGUUCUACCAGCUUCGGCUGGUAGCCCAACUACGACCCUAUCUGGAUAGGGAGAACCUUGCCACAGUUAUCCAUGCUCUGGUAACCUCUAGAUUGGACUACUGUAAUGCACUCUACGUAGGGUUACCUCUGAAGACGGUUCAGAAACUUCAGCUAGUGCAGAAUGCUGCAGCCAGAGUUCUUACUGGGACUAAAAAAUAUGAUCAUAUAACUCCUGUCCUGGCCCAGCUGCACUGGCUACCAAUAUGUUUCCAGGCCAGAUUCAAAGUGUUGGUUCUCACCUAUAAAGCCCUUAACGGCAUUGGACCACAAUACCUGAUUGAACGCCUCUCCCGCUAUAUACCUGCCCGUUCACUGUGCCUGACGUCGAAGGCCCUUCUCCGGGUUCCAACGCAUAUGGAGGACCAGAGAGUAAUAACUAGAGCUAGGGCCUUCUCAGUGGUGGCCCCCGAGUUAUGGAAUGCCCUCUCUGACGAGAUACGCCUGGCGCCUUCUUUAUUAUCUUUCCGGUGCCAGGUAAAGACCUACCUCUUUGCCCAGGCAUUUUAACUUAAUUUAAAUUUUAACUUUAAUUUCUUUUUGUGUUGAUUUGUUUGUAUAUUUUAUAGUAUAUUGUUACUAUGACUAUUGGAUUUU